UGAACAAAGUCUCUCACCUACCACCAACUCUCGUUCGUCCAAUUCAUGGUAUAAAAAAGAACAAAGACUUCCUUGUCAUCUUUGUCCCAAUUAUUCUUUCUCAUGACAACUUCUUCAUCAUAGUUUAUUCCAACCAAAACCAUUUUUCAUCAAACUGCUCUGAUAAAUGGAAAACCAGCACCAAUCAUCAAAAACUUCUGAAGUAGAUGCUCCUCUCCAUUCAAUUGGAUUUCAGAUUCAAGAUUUGUCUCCGAAAAGGGUAUCUGGCUAUCUCCCCGUUACACAAAAGUGCUGCCAGCCCUUCAAGGUGCUGCACGGAGGGGUGUCGGCAUUGGUGGCAGAGGCUCUUGCGAGCAUAGGUGCCCACAUGGCUUGUGGUUACAAAAGAGUGGCUGGGAUUCAGCUGAGCAUCAACCAUUUGAAAAGUGCUGUGCUUGGUGACUUGGUCUAUGCAGAAGCUACCCCUGUAAAUGUUGGCAAAACCAUUCAGGUAUGGGAGGUGAGAAUGUGGAAGGUUGAUCCUUCAGACAAAGAAAAGAGAUCUCUGACAUCAUCGUCAAGGGUUACUCUACUGGCCAACAUGCCUGUCCCAGACAAUGCAAAAGAUGCAGCAGAAACACUGAGGAAGCAUGCUAGACUGUGAAUAUUUUUCCUUCUGCAUAACCAAAACUUUCUUCCUUCCUCGAGGAAAGGAUUGUUUUGAGUGCUUCAAAAUGUAAACCAAUGUAAUAAUUUAAUUUCUUGUAAUUAUAAACGGAUUAAUAUAUAUGCGAUGUUUUUUAA